CCGCGCCCCCGCCCGAUGGGGAACGCUCCGUCCCAAGGGCUCCAGCGAGCGGCGGGAGGGAAGCCGGCAGGACUCUGUUCCCUCUGUUUAAAGUCUCCAGAUCCGGAGCGGAGCAGCCCUCCCAUGCUGUCUGCCGACGAUGCCGAGUACCCUCGGGAGUACCGGACCCUGGGGGGCGGGGGCGGCGGGGGCAGCGGGGGCCGGCGCUUCUCCAAUGUGGGGCUGGUACAUACCUCCGAGCGGCGGCACACGGUGAUCGCUGCCCAGAGCCUGGAGGCGCUCAGCGGGCUCCAGAAGGCGGAUGCUGACCGCAAGCGAGAUGCGUUCAUGGACCACCUGAAGAGCAAGUACCCCCAGCAUGCCCUGGCCCUGCGAGGUCAGCAGGACAGGAUGCGGGAGCAGGUCGGCGGCUGGACCGUGGACCCUGUGUGCCUCCUCAGCUCCCUCUGUUCUCACCUCCACGGCGAUUCCACCCCCUCCGGGGCUGGCCAGCCCGCCCAGCAACCAAACUACUGGAGUUUCAAGACACGCAGCUCGCGCCAUACUCAGGGAGCCCAGCCAGGGCUGGCAGACCAGGCAGCCAAGCUGUCCUACGCCUCGGCUGAGUCGCUGGAGACCAUGUCCGAGGCCGAGCUGCCCCUGGGCUUCAGCAGGAUGAACCGCUUCCGACAGAGCUUGCCUCUCUCCCGCUCUGCCAGCCAGACCAAGCUGCGCUCACCAGGGGUCCUGUUCCUGCAGUUUGGGGAGGAGACGCGACGCGUACACAUCACGCAUGAGGUCAGCAGCCUGGACACGCUGCACGCACUCAUCGCGCACAUGUUCCCGCAGAAGCUCACCAUGGGCAUGCUUAAGUCGCCCAACACCGCCAUCCUCAUCAAAGACGAAGCUCGGAACAUCUUCUACGAGCUGGAGGACGUCCGGGACAUCCAGGACCGCAGUAUUAUCAAGAUCUAUAGGAAGGAGCCACUGUAUGCAGCUUUUCCUGGCUCACACCUCACCAACGGGGACCUCCGGAGAGAGAUGGUGUACGCGUCGCGGGAGUCGUCGCCCACACGGCGCCUCAACAACCUGUCGCCCGCAUCGCACCUAGCAUCCAGCUCGCCACCUCCAGGGCUCCCGUCGGGGUUGCCGUCGGGACUGCCGUCGGGCUCGCCCUCGCGCUCACGCCUCUCCUACGCUGGGGGCCGCCCGCCCUCUUACGCCGGCAGUCCGGUGCACCACGCGGCUGAGCGGCUGGGCGGUGCCCCGGCAAGCCAGGGCGUGAGCCCCAGCCCCAGCGCCAUCCUGGAGCGGCGCGACGUGAAGCCGGACGAGGACCUGGCGGGCAAGGCGGGCGGCAUGGUGCUGGUGAAGGGCGAGGGCCUCUACGCCGAUCCCUACGGGCUUCUGCACGAGGGCCGCCUGAGCCUGGCCGCCGCGGCGGGGGACCCGUUCGCCUACCCGGGCGCGGGCGGCUUGUACAAGCGGGGCUCGGUGCGCUCGCUCAGCACCUACUCGGCCGCCGCGCUGCAGUCCGACCUGGAGGACUCGCUCUACAAGGCCGGCGCCGGCGGCCCGCUCUACGGCGACGGUUACGGCUUCCGCCUGCCGCCUUCGUCCCCGCAGAAGCUGGCCGACGUGUCGGCGCCCUCUGGGGGACCCCCGCCCCCGCACAGCCCCUACUCGGGGCCGCCCAGCCGUGGCUCGCCCGUGCGCCAGUCCUUCCGCAAAGACUCGGGCUCCUCGUCGGUCUUUGCGGAGAGUCCCGGAGGCAAGGCCCGCAGCACCGGGAGCGCCUCGACGGCCGGAGCACCACCUUCUGAGCUCUUCCCCGGACCUGGGGAGCGCUCCCUAGUAGGGUUUGGGCCGCCGGUGCCAGCCAAGGACACAGAGACCAGGGAGCGCAUGGAGGCCAUGGAAAAGCAGAUCGCAAGCCUCACGGGGCUGGUGCAGAGUGCCCUGCUGCGAGGCUCAGAGCCUGAGACCCCAAGUGAGAAGAUUGAAGGCUCCAAUGGAGCAGCCACCCCUUCAGCACCAGCUUGUGGAUCGGGUAGUCGGAGCAGCGGGGCUACUCCGGUGUCGGGCCCUCCCCCGCCCUCGGCCAGCAGCACCCCUGCAGGGCAGCCCACCGCUGUCAGCCGCCUGCAGAUGCAGCUGCACUUGCGUGGCCUACAGAACAGUGCUAGCGACCUGCGUGGCCAGCUUCAGCAGUUGCGCAAGCUCCAGCUCCAGAACCAGGAGUCGGUACGCGCGUUGCUGAAGCGCACCGAGGCGGAGCUGAGCAUGCGCGUGUCGGAGGCGGCGCGGCGGCAGGAGGACCCGCUGCAGCGGCAGCGCACCCUGGUGGAGGAGGAGCGGUUGCGUUACCUCAAUGACGAGGAGCUCAUUACUCAGCAGCUCAAUGACCUGGAGAAGUCAGUGGAGAAGAUCCAGAGGGAUGUGGCCCACAACCACCGGCUGGUGCCCGGUCCUGAGUUGGAAGAGAAGGCACUGGUGCUGAAGCAGCUUGGGGAGACGCUAACAGAGCUCAAGGCCCAUUUCCCAGGCCUGCAGAGUAAGAUGCGGGUGGUGCUGCGUGUUGAGGUGGAAGCAGUGAAGUUCCUGAAGGAGGAGCCUCAGCGCCUCGAUGGGCUUCUCAAGCGCUGCCGGGGGGUCACGGACACGCUGGCGCAGAUCCGCAGGCAAGUGGAUGAGGGUGUGUGGCCACCCCCCAAUAAUCUCCUGAGCCAGUCUCCCAAGAAGGUGGCAGCGGAAACAGACUUCAGCAAAGGCUUGGACUUCGAAAUACCACCCCCGAGUCCUCCACUGAACCUCCACGAGCUGAGUGGGCCUGCUGAAGGAGCCCCUCUUACCCCAAAGAGCAGUAACCCCACCAAAGGCCUGGAUGCUCCCGGGAAGAGAAGCGUGGACAAAGCUGUGUCUGUUGAGGCUGCAGAAAGAGACUGGGAAGAGAAGCGGGCAGCCCUGACCCAGUACAGUGCCAAGGACAUCAACCGGCUGCUGGAGGAGACACAGGCUGAACUGCUCAAGGCCAUCCCUGACCUGGACUGUGCCAGCAAGGCCCACCCGGGACCCACCCCCAACCCAGACCACAAGCCCCCCAAGGCACCCCAUGGUCAGAAGGCAGCCCCCCGGACAGAGCCCAGUGGGAGAAGAGGUUCAGAUGAGCUCACGGUGCCCCGAUACCGCACAGAGAAGCCCUCCAAGUCACCCCCGCCACCCCCUCCCCGCCGGAGUUUCCCUUCCUCCCACGGCCUGACCACGACUCGCACUGGAGAGGUGGUGGUCACCAGCAAGAAAGAUUCGGCCUUCAUUAAGAAGGCCGAGUCUGAGGAGCUGGAGGUCCAGAAGCCCCAGGUGAAGCUACGCCGGGCUGUGUCUGAGGUGGCCCGCCCUGCCUCCACACCACCCAUCAUGGCCUCUGCCAUCAAGGAUGAAGAUGAUGAGGAGCGCAUCAUCGCUGAGCUGGAGGUGUUUGAAAGAAGUUCAGUAUCUUCCCUUCCCCCUACGCCCCGUCGCCAGCCGAUCCCCACCUUGCUGUCCCCCCAGGACCUGGGGUCCCCUGGGGGCUCAGCUCUGGGCUUCCCAUGGAAGAGUGGUGGUGGCAGUGUGCCACCCAUGAAGGUGGUGACUCCGGGAGCGUCUCGGCUGAAGGCGGCGACCCAGGGCCCAGCAGGCAGCCCGGACAAAGGCAAACACAGCAAGCAGAGGUCGGAGUACGUGAGGAUCCAGGCCCAGCAGCAGGCCACUAAACCAUCUAAAGAGAUGAGCGGGUCGAAUGAGACCUCGAGCCCAGUCUCAGAAAAGCCCUCUGGUUCCAGAACCUCCAUCCCUGUAUUGACUUCCUUUGGGGCAAGGAAUUCUUCCAUCUCCUUCUAGAAGCCCCUCAUGCCACCACCCCAGCCUGCCCUCCCUCACUCCGCAUCAUUCUCCACUUCCUCUCAUGCCCACUCCGCCCUCCCCACUCUCACACCUGAAGGGUUUUGGGGCCAUGGCCCUCGGCUCUCUCAUCUCCUCUUGGUGUUUUUGGUUUUUCAAGUGAUUCUCUCUUAAUUAUCUUUUCUUCCCUCCUUUUUUUUAAGAGCAAAAGAGAAAACUAAAAACCAAACACACCAACUUCCCUGACUUCCCGUUCCCUAAUGGCUCCUGCUCCGCCUACUUCCUGUCAUCUUCUCUCCCUCUGCUCUUUCUCCCUCUUCCCCCCAAAUCCAUCCAAAGUUCCCACCCCCCCUAACUUCCCAAGAACACUUGGAACAAACUCUGAGCCACGGAGACUUGCAGCGGAGAGAGACCCCCCUCCCGUUACUGGGUUCCUUCCUGGAGGAACAAAUGGACAUGGACUGACCCAGCAUCAGGCUGGACAAUGGACACGGGAGACCCUGGCCUUGGAGACACCCCACUGCCUGUCCAGCCUUCGAAGAGACAGAACUCUGCUGCUGGCCUGCCGUUUCCUCUCGAACCAGGGUGGGCCUGUAAGCAGGCCUGCUGGAUGGGAUCCCCAGUGAAGAGGCCAAGGCUGCGUGUGUGUUGUGGGGGGAGGGGGACACGAGGUGCCAGGGGAUGAGCCGGCUCACUGUUGCUCAGUGUCUGGCUGGUGCUAGCAAAGGACAGAAGGAGGCCCCCUGUUCUGGAGGGGUGCUCCUGUGGACAGCCUGCCCCUGGGGCUCUGCCUUGGGAGAGGGCAGCCCUGAGCAGGGCACUUGGUACUUUUAGUUUCCUAAUUUAGCACUUUAAAUGCCAUUAACUUAUUUUACGGGGGUGGGGUGGGCAAGAUGGAAGGGCCUAGAAACAUGUUUGGAGGGUGGGAAGGGCCUGGUUGUGAGGGACAUUGGGAGAAGGGGGUGGGUGCAGUAAAGACUCUGACCCUUCUCAGAGGCAACUUGACCUUCAACCAGCCUUUAUGAUUUGAGGGUUUUCAGGGAAGGGGUGAGAUGUGAUUUGUCUGUGAGGAUCUGGUGACCACCGUGAGGUGUUUGAGGAUCCCCAAGGCAGGACCACCAGCUAGUACUCCAGUCUGUGGAUACCUUGCAGGAGUCCUGAACAGGGCAGACUGGCUUUUGAGCAGGCCCUGGAGGCAAUGGGAGAGGCUGGCUUGAUCCUGGCCUGGUCCCCAGCAGGCACAGAGGGGCCAGAGCAAGAAAGAGGUUGAUAGGGGAGGGCUGGAAGGCUGACGGGGCUCCAUCUGGAGCACAAAGUAGAGGAAGCACAGAGAUGCGGGCUUGGGACUCGUCCCCCAGUAAGCACAGAGAGGAACCAUUGAAGGGACAGAACCCCAAGGCCCCGGAGCCUGGCUGGGGAGGCCAGUGGCAGCUGUUGAGUUUGGGGAGGGAGGGAAAACUGGGUUGUGUUUCUUUUCUUUUUUUUUUUUUUUAAUUUCUGUUUUGUUGGUUCAUCCUUGUUUUCUAGCUUUGGGUCAUUUUUUGUACCAAGGCAAGCAAGCCUUUUUGAAAAAUAACAAAAGAAGAAGAAGAAAAAAAAAAUCCCUCCCAGAAAAAAAAGAAAAAAAAAACACAAAAAAUUUAAAAAAAACAAAAAAAGAAAAAAGAAAACAAACAAAAAACCCUGGAAAAUAGGGGAGAAAAAAAAAGGACCUCACAAUGAUGCAAUUACUUUUAAUUGCAAGCAACUCUUUACAUUUAAGUGAAGUGUCUUAACAUUUUAUAUUGUUUUAAAAAUAUAUUUACAUAUUAUAUAUAUAUAAUAUACGUAAUAUAAAUAUAUAUAAAUAUUUAAAAAAGAAAAAAAAAAAAGAAAACCACAGCACACUCUCCCUGGCUGCUGUCUGGCAGGGGAGGGGGCUGGGGGACAGGCGUGUGACCUGGCUUCUGUAGUCCGGUGAAGCAGUUUGAUUUGGCUGUACAGAGACCCCUGGCUUGGGAGGGGAGGGGGAGGGGCCCCUCCACUCCAUCUCUCUUUGCUUGCUACUCUUUGCUUGCCCCCACACCCCCUCAGCCCUGUGACUUGAGUGUGUGCCCCUCUGUCAUUGUCCUGAGUUGAGUAUCCUUUGUGGAGGGAGAGAGGGAGGGGGAGCCAGGAGAAGUGACCAUCCAUAUGGGGGUUGCCCACAUGCUCAAGCAGGGCCUGUGGGAUUUACAGAGCUCUUCACUUUGGUUCCUGCGCUUGUGUGUGCUGGAGGGCAUUGGUAUGGGAUUGUGUGCAGCCUAUGUGUGUGUGCACAUUGGCACAAGCCUACACAACUUAAGUGUGUGCACAUGCAUGGAGUGUGUGUACAUAGGCAGAACUUAUAUUGUACGUGUGACAUUCUAUACAUGUAUGUGAACAUAACCUGCCUGGGCAUCAGCAUGAUCGUGUGAAAGGAACCGUGAGAGUAAGAACAUGUGUAAUGUGCGUGCAGACAUGCCUGGCUGUUCAUGUGAGCACCAUAUAUGGAUGGAUAGAGGUAACAUGAGCUGUGGGUAUGGCUGUGUACAGAUGCAGGCAGGCGUGUGAGAGGGCCUCUGUGUGUGUCAGUGUGCGUGUGCAUGUGUGUGUGUUCCAUCAUCCCUGCACCACUCACCCGGCUCCCCUCCUGAGGCCUCCCUCCCCGCACCUUCUCAAAGCCCACAGCACGUCAAUGCCCCCUCUCAGCUGCAUGCGCCUCGCCGCCGCUCUGUCCAUCAGUGUGUGCUUGCCAAGAGAAACUGCCACAUUGGGGGACCCUGUACCCGGUCCCCUCACCCCUGCCCGCUGUGCUGUGUUACUCGCAUGGGGGGUUCUCUCUGGCCCCUUCCACAAUAUACUGUUUCCCCAGGGGCCUCAGGGCCAAGGCUUUAGUGGGUCCCAAGUGGGGCCCCCCAAGGCCAGCCUGGUUCCACACCCACUCAUCCACCCCGUAGGGCCUGUGUUGGUGUAGCAGUGAUGGCUUCUGUGGAUAUCCUGUGACCUCUGUCGGUGUAACUUGACAAUUUCUAAAUGGAAAGGGUUGCUGUGUUUUCUGUCUCUUUUUUAAUGUCUUUUUUUCUUCCCUACCUCUCUGCUUUCUUCUCUUCCCUUCUGGUUUUUUCUAGCCGAGUGUUGGGGCUUUAAUAAAACUUGUUCCUUUUUUCUCUCCUGGA